ACCCACCAUAAUAAAGCCAGCCGUCCGACGUCCCGGCAACUUCGUAAGGUAUGAGGAGAAGGACGCCGAGGCUUUAGCAUCAUCAUCAUCAUCAUCAUCAUCAUCACCAAUGGUAUUUCUUUGUGACUUGUGAGAGGACAAGUUAGGUUCGUUGUCUUGUUAGGAGGAAGGGACGUCAUUAUUCCCAACUACAACUGAUGAAGAAGGGCUACUAGUCUUCUUCACACACUUGAUUUCCGAAAAGCUGAGACUAAAGGAGACUUCAGCGGCCGAAAAAGGACUAAAGGAGCAGCCGAGCAGCCAAUUGGAUUGACAUCGACGAACGUCAAGGGCCAAGUCCCAGAGGCCAUUGGCGCUAUUAUAGUCUUCGAAUCUUCCGUACUCCAGGCUUCACGCCUCCACGCUUCUGGAUUUCGAUCGUUGCUUAUCGUCUUGCCGAGUUGGGACUCGGGAAAAGAGGAUAGAGGAGAUAGGAAUCCGAGGAUCCACUCAUCAACAAACUGCUUCUGGUACGCGCAUUGAGGUGCGCUUCAGAAGUAUAAGGGCUGCAAUGGGUUCACCUAAACAAGAGAAAGUACAUCAAUAUGAAGACUUUGUGGAUAGGCGUUUAAAACCAGAUCUGAUUCAUGCUAUCGCUGAACGGGAUAAGGUCUUCGAUCAGCAAAAGGCAUUUUCGGAAUUGAGAAGAAACAUAGAGAAUCUUGAGAAGAAUAGUGUAACUAACCUUAUGACACUGGUCAAUCUGGGGUCUGAAGUUUACAUGCAAGCUGAUGUGCCAGACACUAGGCACAUAUUUGUGGAUGUCGGACUCGGCUUUCAUGUUGAAUUCACUUGGUCUGAAGCUCUAGAUUAUAUUUCAUCGCGGGAGAAGAAACUGGCCGGGCAAAUAGAGGAAUAUACUUGCCUAAUUGCUGGGAUUAAGUCACAGAUAAAAAUGGUUUGUGAAGGGAUAAGAGAGCUACUCCAGCUUCCUGCAGACACCCUCAGGAGGGAAAGAGAUUUUUAGUUUUCCAUUGAUACAAUGAAUGCAGACUUGUUGCUAACACUACUUCACUGCCCAAGCAAGAAAAAGUUUUUGUGCAUUUCUGGCGUCAUGUUAGAGAACAAACUGCUUUACACGAUUCCAAAUGAUGGUACCAUUCUUGGCACACCGGAGUUUUCAACAUUGUUCUGGACUAACGUUUGAUAAAUUUUUGGAAUCAGGACUUUGUCUUCAAUUUUUAUUAAUUUAACGGCCUAACAUAUACCACUGUUAAUUAUGCAAACUUAGAUGCAUAACUGCACCUUAUGAAUGUAGAGUAUUGUAUAUGUUAGAUUAUUGUGGAUUUGGAAAAAUAAUCCUUCCUUGUGCUUUGUAGUGGAAACUAUUUAUUUAUUACCAUAAUCACCAUUUAUUAAUUGUAUCAAAGUUAUCUACCUAAUGGCUAGUUGGCUAUUGAUUACAUUUUUU